UUUAGUUGUAAAAAGAGAGACUAUAUUUAUGUUUAUGUAGUCUAUGAAAGCAUCAUUAUACAUAACUUAAACUCAUCUUGUAUUUUCCGUCGAAAAAACUAAUCUUGUAUGUAAUGAUGUUUCAGGCUAGAAACUUGGGGUUCAAAUGUGGUCUUGUAUAUGUUGCUGAACCUGGGUACAUGCUCUCCCGGGCAUUGGUUCCACGAUAUUCCAUUAUCAAAAAGUUUGCAAGAAAGGAUAUUGCAGAUUUAGGUGACUUUAUUGCGGUUAUUUCAGAACUGUCUAGGGGAGAACGAGUGCCUCUUGAAUAUGUAACAUACACUGCCCGACAUCGGAACAAGUGUACAAUAGUUACAAUUGAUCAGCAUGGAUGGUAUGCAACUCCUCAGUUAUAUACUCGAAAUGAUGCAACUGGAUUGUGGAUUGCAAAAUCAGCUAUGCUACUGGAAUCUCCAUAUGUAGUUUCCAUUCAUCAACGAGGUCAUAGGGAUGUGAACUCAAAUGUCGAUGAGAAUAUAGCUGUUGAAGGAACCGUGUCAUCUUCUAGAGAUUUAGAUGACAUAAAAGGUGUUUCACGGCAUUCUUCUAGCAUGGAAGGCUCUGACCUUGCUAGAACAAUAUCUGGUAACACUUCAUUGGCAGAACAAGUAAUUAAACCAGCCCUUGUGAAGUUUGAGGUGAGAAACAUCUAUACUUUGAUUUUGGAAGGAAUCAUGUAGUCAUGGUGCAUCAGAUUAAUAUUUUUAGAUCUUGUCAUGACACUAUACCUGUUCCGCAGCCUACCCUAACUAA